GGCCGGCUGCCCUGCCGCGGCGAGGCGCCGCCGCCGUACGAGCUGUCCCGCUCGCUGGAGGACGUGGUGAGGGACCUGGAGGACCGGCUCCUGGAGAAGGAGCAUGAGCUGAAGCAGAUGAGGAGGAACCUGGACGAGAGCGAGGACGCCAUCGCGCAGGUCUUCGAGGGUAAGCAGAGGCUGUGGGAGAAGGAGAUGGAGGAGCUGAAACGCCUCUACUCCAGCAAGAUGCGCCAGGUUUCCCAGCAGUCCCAGCGGUCCCAGCGCACCCUGCAGCUGCAGGUCUACAAGGCGCAGCAGGAGAAGCGCAGGCUGCAGGAGGACCUGGAGGCCCUGCAGAAGGAGUGCCAGAGCCUGAAAGCCCGGAGUUCUGGCCUCCAGCAGGAGCAGGACAGCCCCAGGCUGGAGGAGACUAAGUGGGAGGUGUGCCAGAAGUCUGGGGAGAUCUCCCUGCUGAAGCAGCAGCUCCGCGACGCCCAGGCCGAGGUGACCCACAAGCUGGGCGAGAUCUUCCAGCUGAAGACGCAGCUGCGCGAGGCCCGGGCGGAGCUGCGCGCCAGGGACGGCCAGAUGGAGGCGCUGCGGCAGACUCUGCGGGGGGCGCGCCGGGGGGACCGGGAGGAGAAGCAGCAGGAGGAGGAGGAGGAGGAGGAGGCGGCGAGGAAGGCUCGCUUCUGCCCACUAGAGGAGGAAGAGGAGGAGAGGGAGGCAGGGGAGGAGAGGCCGGGCAGGGGCGGGCAAGGCACCACCGAGGAGAGGCUGCGGGCGGAACUGCUGCUGGAGAGGAGGCAGAACGAGGCCCAGGCCUCCACGUUCGAGGCCGAGCGCCAGACCUGGCAGGCUGAGAAGGAGAAGGUGAUCUGCUACCAGAAGGAGCUGCAGGCCAGCUACCUGGAAAUGUACCACAAGAACCAGGCUCUGGAGAGGGAGCUGCGAGAGCUGAGAGGCGGCAGCGGAGGCGGCGCGGCGCCAGGGGCCGACAGGCCGCUCCCAGGCCUGCCCUGGAUCGAGAGGAUUGAGUCUUCGGAGAUAUAACGCCCACCACUGCCAGCACAGGCGAAACCCGCUCCCCUGUCGUCACUUACGGCCCCCUCUCCUCCCUGGGGUGUCAUGCCCUCCUGCUGCUUUUGUGUGUUCUGGGGUGGAGGGUCUGGGGAUUGUCCACAUGCACAAGUGCUCCUGGCUCGGAAACGACGCCCGCUGAAGGUUGGCACCGGUUCGAAAGCAGACCCUGCCACGGCUGAGGGUGUGCCAGGGCAGAGGUGCUACGCAGAGGCACGGCAGACCAGCCCUGACGUUGUGACGGCGCUCCGUCCAGCGUGUCGCUUCCGAGAUGAGCGCGACGGGAUUUGCAUGACUCUCCCGGACACUCCCCUCGCGGUGCAUCGGACACCAGUUCACACACCGCCCGGAAUCGGCCAAGCAGGCCCACACCAUGCAGGCCACAACAGCUGGCCUUCUCCAGAGGGGUGAGAGCUGUUCAGGCUUCCCAAAGGACAAACGCCAAAAAAGGCAUGGGCAGCGUUUUCCUCCUGAAAAUGCACAAAUGAAGUACGCAACUAAAGAUCUCUGAAAAGAGAUCCAAGACUCUUUGCUGCCCGUCCUUCGUGACUAACUGUUUAAAGAAAUGGCUUUAAGUACAUUUGGUGAAUGUAAUUGUUUGUGGAUGACUUGGAGCUGGAGGAGUUUGGCUCUUGAGAAAGUGUGAGAGCUACUGACGCCGCAUGUUUUUUUGCAAAGCUGGUAUAGAUCAGGGGGUGGUAUCAUGGAGCAAUAGAAAAAGGGAUUCUCUUUUUUCCGUUAUUGGUACAAUACGUCUGACUGCCACAGCCUUUAGGAAACAUUCUGGGCUGUUCUAUGUAAUUAAAAAAGGGAGAAUUAGACUUGGGAAUUUUGAAUGAACUCUGUCUUCCCCAAGAUAUCGACAAGUGUCUCAGCACUGCCUCUGAAUUAAUAAAGCAUUGAUGACUGGAGUUCCCCCAGAAGUAAAAUAUUCCACACAGUUUCUGGUGUUUGGAGGGACAGGAGGAUUCUCGCUAGAUCGCCAAAACAGGUCUGCGUGUUUCACAUGCAGUUGGAUUUUAAGGUGAUUCUUAGUUUCCCGCGCUGUCUCACUUUAAAUCCAGAUUUAGGGCAUGGGACACCUUACGUUCCGCUGAAUUCACCGGUGCAAUUCUCGGUCCCAAAGUCAAGCCCACGUGGUAGUAGAUGGUCACUUCUUGAAAGCUGACCGCACUCUCUGUGUUCCCUAGGGAGGUGCAGAGUGACUCAUGUCAUGUGACUCAUGUCGGAGUGAUUCAGUUAUCACCAGAAACAGGUGAUUUUCUGGCCACUGGGGUUACUGUCCCUGUCCUAGAUGUUAGUGACAGGUAUGCACUGAGGUGGAGGAUCUCUGUUCUGUACAAUGUAUGGUAAUGCAGUCAGAAACUCUCGCCAUACUGCGAUAUGAUCCAGUAUCUCAAGUGCAAAGCUGUGCACUCCUUUGAAUGUAGGAAGUUAAAGGAAACUGGUACACCGCAACACCUGCACUGUAUUUUAGGGCUGAGCUCAGAAGCUCAUGCAAUAUAAGAAGGGCUCCUGACUGGUGUGUACUAAUGCCAGGAUAGUUUGUCCUACAGUGUUCUUUUCCCCUGUAAGAACAAAUGGAUAAGCAAAAACAUCAAAUUAACAAAACUCUUUUCACCCCUUAAAAACAGUCAAAUAUGGACCAUUACUAGAGUCCUUCAUACAAGUGCAUUAGUGUGUAAGAGCAAAUGGGUUUAAUAGCAUCUUUUUAACUGCAAAUGCACCAUUAAUCCCACUGCUGUUCCUUUUCAGCUUAUGCAUCCCUUUUUGACAUUUAGAUACUCACAAAGUGGUGUGCUAAAACACCAGACUUUCAAACAGAAGAGUUUCUGUAAAAUGUGGAGCAGUGUUCUGGACUUGUAACUGGACUUUUGUGGGUUCAAAUCCCGGAUAAAACACUGCUGUCAUAUUCUUAAGCAAGGUGCUUCACUGAACCUGCUCCAGUAGAAUUCCCAGCAGUCUAAAUGGGUCCAAAUACAAGUUGCUGUGCGUAAAGGAGUCAGCCAAAUUAGUAAGUGCAUUGCAAUUUUGUUAACACCUAUUAACUGUCCUGCUCCUCUGAGUUCUCACCACUGUGUCUUUCUGCCUCUUUCAAGGCUAAUAACACAACAGAAACGGUUUAAGAUUCCAGAAGAAUAAAGCUCUUCAGAAAGCAGGACUGUUCCAUUUAGUAAUCAUCUCUGUCCUGCACAAUGUGUCAGAACUGUAAAGAUGAAUCUCUCUCUCCCGAUUUGAUUUAAACAUAUAAGUGUUCAUUUUAAGAUAUAAUGUGUUUAACAUAAAAGAAUAAUUAAUUCUAUAUUUGUUUGCAUUAAACAGAAGAUCUCCAGACAUAUCUCAAUUAUAGCUGGUUUUGUCAUCAUCGAAUAACUGUGAUUCAGCUUCAUAACUUGCAGCUUAACAGUUCUGAUUUAAUCUCUGAAGGUGUGUAUGAAGGACAUGAAUAAACGUUGGUAUUUGACAGCCACGUGUAUAAACUAAUAAAACAUCUGUAUGUCAUGAAUUGAAUGAACAGAUCAAAUGUGUUGAUUGGCUAACAGUCUUUCUGUUGGGAGAAACUGGAGAUUGACGGAAGACUGUAAACCCAUUGUAUGGAUAUCUGAUGCCAUCAUUAAUGUUUCUUGCAGCUUGAAACGCUUAACGAGCCUGUGACUGAAGAUGCAGUCGCAGAGUGGGUGUCCGGGGAAAGAGUGUGAUGUCCCCCUGCACAGUUCCUUAAAAAUGCCUUUUCUUUUUUCCGGGACGAGCCAGCUUGUCUUGGCUUUCAAAUUCUGUCACUGGCCGAAGUGCAUAUGAGCCCAUAUCCGAUCCGAGUAUAGUAAAGCCAUCUACAAAUUGGUGCGAAUCUGAGAUUGAUAAUGGCAUUGGCCCUCUUGCUCCUGGAAAGCGAAGGUGAAGUAAGCAGGGGACAGUGUAGACUAGUGAGCAAGCCUGUGGACUGGUAACAGUCAGGCUGCAGGCACGAGUCCCUCCUGUAGACACGCUGCUUCUGCUCUUGAGUUAUUAAACUUCUCCCAGUCUAAUAACCCUUCAACACAAUGAGUACAGUGAAGGUACUGUACUGUGCUCUGCGGGAGCAGUCACGUUAAUUAUUUUGGCCUUCUGUGUUAAACAACCGUGGGACAGCUUAGUGUAAGAGCAAGACAGUGUCGGGGAGUCCUAAAUCUUCUACUAAUAAAAAGAAAAUAAAAACAUGCUGUGACUUGUGAGCAAAAACUCUUAAUGAAAUCCAGAAGAAUUAUUCCACACGUGCCCUCUGAGACCCCAUUUAGGAAUAGAAUAUACCUACCAAAACUAGAUGUACUCAAUUACUAUGAAAUUAAAAUGGCUAUGACUUCAUAAGAUAAAUAUUUUACCCAUCAACUGGAAAGUAGAAACCAGAUGGCUAUCCAGGCAUAAAAAUCCACUCAGUGCUUCAUUCAAUAAACUUCCCCUGCAAAGUAAAGUACUUGUCAACUGAUAAUCUGCUGCAUAACUUUAAAAAAUAUAUGUAUAUCUAAGUGGCCACAAGCUUCAGGAGAAGACUUUUAAGAAUCCAUCUCUCCUGGUGGUGUUUUGUUUGUCACCCUGACGGGCGUGCACAUCUCCAUACCGGCCGAUGCGGUUUUAAAAUGUGCCCCUUUUACGAAACCCCAGGACUACACAGUAGUUUUGUUAAUUCCUGGAAAAGGAAUUCCAAUGUUUAUCACGGCGAUGAUCAGAAAUCUGGUUUCAGUCAUUAGGUUCCCAUGGAACUGAGGCUGACAAACAUUUACCUCCGGAGACAGGCAUUCCAGGUUCCACGAAAGAAUCGGGAAGAGCAGAUAAUUAGAGGCAGGGUAUCGUACCUGGAUGAGGUAACACAUUCUUCCCCUCGCAAACCACAUACCCUCAGAGCCUCAAGCAGUGUUUGGCAGUAUUGUAUCCAGAUGACUAAAAAGCUACCCUUCAACUGUCAUAACAAUUUUAAUGCUUCGUCUUGCAAUAGAGACACGUUUAUUUUAAACGAUGGGUAUUAAUUAAACAAAGUGCCAAGUAUAUAAACAUUGUGUACCAUGCUGUUAGAAAAUAAAGGACAUUUUCAUGAAAACUA